AUUCUAGGGUCCUCCAGGGAAGUGAUGGCCACUGUUGAGGUCUCAGAGAAAAUGGUCCAGAAGCUGAGAGGCAAGAAUGAGUUUACGGUGCUGGUGACCCUCAAACAAGAUCACCUCAACUCUGGGGUCAUCCUCUCCAUUCAUCAUUCUGAUCACAGGUUCCUGGAGCUGGAGAGUAGUGGACAGCGCAGUGAGGUGCGUCUUCACUAUCGUACCAAAGGCCAACAGGCUCACACGGAGGUGUUCCCCUACAGCCUGGCUGAUGACCAGUGGCACAAAGUCUCUGUGGCUGUCAGUGCCUCUCAUGUCAUACUUCAUGUCGACUGCAACAGGAUCUAUGAGCGGGUGGUGGAAGCCCCCUACAUGGACAUACCUGAGGAUGCCUCCUUCUGGCUUGGACAGAGAAACGCCGCUCAUGGCUUCUUCAAGGGAGUGAUGCAGGACGUGGAGAUCCUGGUGAUGCCACAGGGUUACAUCUCACAGUGUCCAGAUCUGAACAGAACAUGCCCAACCUGUAAUGAUUUCCACGGACUUGUGCAGAAAAUCAUGGAACUGCAGGAUAUCCUUGCUAAAACAUCCAGCAAGCUGUCCAGGGCAGAGGAGAAGAUGAAUGGGCUGGAUGGCUGCUAUUGUGAGAGAACCUGCAGCGUCAAGGGGGUCGUCUACAGGGAGGAGGAGGGCUGGACAGAUGGCUGCAGAAACUGCACAUGCUCGAAUGGCACGGUGCAAUGUGAGGCCAUCUCCUGCCCUCCCCCUCAGUGCCCAGCGGGCACCGCGCCUGCCUACGUAAAGGGUGCUUGCUGCAAGGAGUGCCAGCCAAUCUGCCUGUUUGGUGGAAGAGAGCUAGUGGAAGGGAAUCAGAAGGCUGUGCGCGACUCCUCUGGCAGGUGUCUGCUGUUUGAAUGCAGGGACAGGACCAUGCAUCGAGUAGUCCCCAGUGAGCCUUGUCCCGAACUCAACUGUGCAGAGUCGGAGCAGAUCACCUUGAGUGACAGAUGCUGCAAAGUCUGCAGAGGUCAUGACUUCUGCUUAGAGGGCCACAGCUGUGUGGAGCACUCCGACUGUGUGAACCUGGAGGCAGGAGACUGCUGUGUUUGUAAGGAUGGCUUCCGUCCACUGCGAGAUGAUAAUGCAUACUGUGAAGGUAUGGUGUGGCUCUGAGUAGCUUAUCCUAAC